AAGGUCGUCAUAAUCCCAGUCGACCAGCAGCAUUUUAGCAGUAGGACUUUACUGGUAGCGUCGAUGCAACUCUAGUUUUUUUGAGUUGAAAUUUUGAUUUAUUUUAUUUUUUAUUUUAUUUUGUUUUGUCUUUGAUUUUAAUCUGCCUACGUAUUCUCCGAUAAUUCUUAAGCAACAUUUAUAAUAUGUACAAUGUGCACUAUUAACGUAAACGUGUACGAUUGCACUUGUUGUACAAAUAAUCCAACAUAGUGAUUUAAAUUAGUCAACAACUAGAUGCGUUUUGCAGGAAUCUUAGUUUUUUUUAAUUAAAAUAUAACCGUUUAAAAUUACGUCGUCGAUACGCGAUUAUAAUAAAAUUUUAGUUGUUUCACAGUUGUGAUAGUAUUUUUUGUGUACGUGUGUAUAAUAAUAGUGAUACUUUAUUUAUGUUACCGUUCAAACACAUUUAAUUAAAAUCUGAGUACGUAACGAAGCAACAAAAACAGCCAUCGAUUUUUGAAGGCAUCAUUUUGGUCGGUAAAAAAACAAAGAUUUGAUAUCAAGAAAAAAUAAAACCAGUCGAGAAAUCAGUAUUCUGCACGGGAACGAGAACAUGUAAAAUCGAUAACAACUCCAAGCAGUGGUUACCGGUGACAGAAGCGGCACGUUGCUGCACUCUAAAUUAAUAUUUGACAACUGAAGGUGAAGAAAAAUCAGCCAAGAUUAACCGCUCAAGGGAAAGGGCUAUGGGCAAAGGAGAUAAAAAGCCCACUGCCCAAAAUAGCACUGGAUCUAAUAUCGUGGGAAAAUUUACACAAAGUGUAAGGCGUAUAGUUCAAGAUGUCAAAGAUGAAGGCACUGCUAGUGGUCAAACAAAAGAAGAAGUCAUAGAAACAAAUGAAAGAUUGAGAGCUGUUAGAAUAAGAUUAGAAGAAUCUUACGAUACGGCAAAAAAGUCGCUCAUUACGUUAAUGACAAAAUAUACUGAAAGCAAGUCAACUAGAAAUGUUUUCCAAAGAUACAAUUUACUGAAAGCAAUGAUAAAGGAAGUUAUACGAUUAGAGACUCAGUAUUGGACUUUAGUGGAAAUACCUAAACAAGAAAAACAAGAGACUGUACCAUCUUUUGUGCUACGGGCAUGUGGAAUUGUUGAAAAAUCACAAAAAACCAGUGAUGGUGUUAAAUCAGCAACAAAGGCUUCCGAAGAAGAAGAAAAAAAACGAGAACUACUUGAAAGGCUAGCUGAUAUGACAACUGCACAAAUUGAAGCAGAAAAUACUCAAUUAACUAAUGAUCUCUAUCGACUGCUAAAAAAGUACACAGGCCUCAGAAAUUUGAUUAGAGAGUUGAAGAUGGAAUAUGUCAAUUCAAAAGUAUACCCAAUAUUUCCACGGUACAACAUAUUGAAAGACUUAAUAAAAGACAUAAUGCAUCAUCCAGAAUAUAUGGAAGUUUGUCAUGAAGUUGACCCCGUGUAGUAAAUGAAAGUGCUGAAUAAAACAAAUUUUUUACUUCUCUUUAGUUAUAAUGCAUACAAAAAUACAGUCAAUGAGUAUAUUGUGUAUGUUCAUAGCUGAAAAUGUUCGAAUUUAUUAUGUAUUAACAAAGUCAUUCGUAAACUUCUUACAAAAAAUCGUGCCAAGCAUUUUAAAAUGUUCUAUAAACCAAACACUUCUACUAUUUUUUUUAAUUACAAAAUGUGUAUAAAUAAUUUUAUUCAACAUUUAAAUAUUAAUACUUGUUAAACUGUACAUUUUUCCCUGACACACAUAGAUUUAAUCUAUCAUUAUAAAAUAAAAAUAAAGUCCUGUUUGAAGUCUAAUUAAUUUAAAAUAAUAUUUUAUGUCGAUAAUUUAGUAUAGAAUUUUUUGAAAAUACUAAAAGUGUUUACUAUGGUUUAAUCAGGCAUUUUAAGAGAGCAGCAAUAGGAGCACUUGCCCCGAAUCCUGUGAUUUCAAAUUAUAUUUAAGACCCCGCAUAAGUUGUAUUAUAUUUUGCCCAAGGCCACACAAAAGCUUACGUCGUCACUGUAUUUAAUGUUUUGAAUUAAUGAUUUAUUGCAAAAAAUAUUUUAUAUUAAAAUAUUUAUAAUAAUAAUAAUAAUAUAAUAAAACCUAUCACAUUGCUAAAUGUAUAAAGAAUUGAAAGCAAAUUAUUAAGUUAAAUUAUUAUUUUAGACUAAAUUAUUAAACAAGUAGUGAAUAUUUAGUAUGCUGGAUCUUAAUCAUCAAACAUAAAUUCUAU